AUGGCCUUCAGCCCCAGUCUUACACCCUACCCAGUGACCGAUGUGGGAGCCGAAAACCAUUCUGCUGGAGGAGACGUUGCCGGGCAGUUGCUCUCACUCUGGGAGGCAGGGAGCGGCCAGCUCCACUACUCCGUCCCCGAGGAGGCCAAACACGGAACCUUCGUGGGCCGCAUCGCUCAGGACCUGGGGCUAGAGCUGGCGGAGCUGGUGCCCCGCCUGUUCAGGGUGGCGUCCAAGGACCGCGGGGACCUUCUGGAGGUAAAUCUGCAGAAUGGCAUUUUGUUUGUGAAUUCUCGGAUCGACCGGGAGGCGCUGUGCGGGCGGAGCUUGGAGUGUAGCAUCCACCUGGAGGUGAUCGUGGACCGGCCGCUGCAGGUUUUCCACGUGGAGGUGGAGGUGAGGGACAUUAACGAUAAUCCGCCAGUGUUCCCAACAGCACAGAAGAGUCUCUUUGUUUCGGAAACAAGAGCACUAGACUCUCGUUUUUCACUAGAGGGCGCUUCAGAUGCAGAUAUUGGAACCAAUGCUCUGCUGACUUACAGAUUGAGUUCCAAUGAAUAUUUCUCCCUGGAAGUACCAAGUACAGAUGAGCAGGUUAAACCACUCGAACUAGUGUUAAAGAAACCUUUAGACAGAGAACGAGCUUCUGAGCUUCACUUAGUGGUUAAAGCAACGGAUGGGGGCAAACCCGAGCUCACAGGCACCUUGGAACUACAUAUCACAGUGCUGGAUGCAAAUGACAACGCGCCAGUGUUUGACAGAGCAGUCUAUCGGGCGAGGCUGGUAGAAAAUGCAAGAAAUGGUACGCUGGUGGUUAAACUAAAUGCCUCGGAUUUGGACGAAGGUUCGAACAGUCAUAUUCUUUAUUCCUUUGCAACGGAUGUUUCCCCUAAGACAGAAGCUACUUUUCAUAUUGAUUCAGUCAGUGGAGAAAUUAAAGUCAGUGGAAAAAUAGAUUUUGAAGAAGCUAGUUUAUGGAAGAUUCAAGCAGAAGCAGUGGACAAAGGCAGUCCUCCAAUGUUCGGUCACUGCACAAUCUUAAUUGAAGUCCUGGACAUCAAUGAUAAUGCUCCCGAGUUAAUAAUAACGUCAUUAUCACUCCCUGUACGAGAGGAUGCUGCAUUGGGGACAGUUAUUGCCCUAAUCAGCGUGACAGACCGUGAU